AUGGGGACAAAGCUGGGCCCACGUCUAAAAUCCCUGCGCAAGGUCUCAGGCCCCCCACCUCGGAGGGCCUCGGGGGAGGCCAGCUGCCUCCUCUGCCAGCAGAUCAGUGGCCCUUGUGCAGAAACCAGAGCUCGAGCCUCGUUUUAUUUACUGAAGACCAGGGGACAUUUAAACGCACUCUUAGCCCUCAGCUCCAGGGAGACUUUCUGGCUGUCGGGGCGCCCUAGGCUGCCCCCCCCCCUUCCAGCUGAAGAGCCGGGACACAGAGCACAGGGGCAUUUCUGGGCUGGCAGGGCCCUGAUUGUGCCUGGAGGCAGAGGUACCCUCCCCCCAGGCCUCUGCCCCUCCCCGAAGCCCUGGGGAGAGCCUCCGAGCCACCCUGUGACAGGGGCGCGGGGCACCUGGUCCCAGGCAGUGGGCUCUGCACCGCGGGGCUGCUGUCCAACCAGCCCCUUGUCCAGAAACCAGAUUCUGAAUUACCUGUGCCCCCCCCCCCGUGCUCUGUUUAUUUGGGGUGUCUGUCUACAGAGUGGGAGCGAUGUCUGUGUUUCUCUCUUUCUCCGAAAACUUUCCGAGAUCCAAGAGCCACAGGACCUGCAGGCGAGCCGUCCCCGCGGGUCUCCUCCCCAGACUGCGGCACGUCACUCACCCUUCUGGGCCUCGGUGUUCUGGUUGCAAACUUCUCUUGCCCCCAACGUGUCCCAGAGGAGGAGCGUGUGGACGCCCCGGACGAGUCGGUGGCCGGUGGGGCGGUGGCCAGAAGCCCCAGCGCAGAUGGCAACGAGUACCCGGCAUCUAGCGAGCCUUCUUUCAUACUGUAUCUAGGCUUAAAGCCCCCAUCGUUGGAUGUGCCGUCUUGGCGGUAAAAGGCAAAGUCAUUCUAGUAUUCUGGACCUGACAGGGAGCCGUGCA